AUGUCGCCAAAAAUUAUCACCGUCAUUGGAUCUCUCAAUAUCGAUCUCGUAACGCUCACCCCCCGCGUUCCCACUGGCGGCGAAACUUUAACCGCUACGUCCUUCAGUACUGGUCCCGGGGGAAAAGGUGCCAAUCAAGCUGUGGCAUGUGCUCGUCUUUCAAGACCCAAUCCCGCUUCCGCUCCAUCUCAUACUAGCGAUGUUCUGGUCAAGAUGAUUGGUGCCGUUGGUGAUGAUGAAUUCGGUCCCUCCCUUAUCUCCUCCCUCAAAGACUCUCUCAUCGAUACAACCUCGAUCCAAACCAUCCCCUCCCCAAUCCACCGGGCUCCCUCCUCCCCUCCACCUUCACAACCCCCACCUCCCUCAGCACCCCCCUCCCCACCACUGCGCCUCCCCGACUCCGCCUACCCAUCCAUUACCCACCUGAUCCUCAACGAAACCGAAGCCGCCAUCCUCACUUCGCGUCCCGUCUCCGCCGUCGAAGACCCUUCGUUUGAUUGGCGCGUCGUCACAGAUGAGUUUCUCAGCAAAGGCGUCAAGACGGUUAUCGUAACGCUCGGAUCGAAAGGAGCCAUCCUCGCGACCUCCAAGACCUACACCCAUAUCCCCGCCGAAUCCAACAUAAAAGUAGUCGACACCACCGCCGCAGGCGACACAUUCGUCGGAGCCUACGCCGUCGAUCUCGUGCGCCAUACUUCUUCAAACACCCAAUCCGCCGAUCACGAUAAAAUCCUGCUCUCCGCCGUUCAAAAAGCUUGUAAAGCAGCCGCUCGCACAGUCGAGAAAGAAGGUGCUCAGAGUGCGAUUCCUUGGGCUGAUGAGAUUGAUGUUAAGAGGGAUUAG